AUGAGCCUGGCUCGAGAGUAUUUCAAGUCCAACCCGGCUCCAGACGGCGACUCCGACACCGUUUUGAGUACCAUCAUUGGUUCUGCCUCACCGGAAUUCGAUCGCUUCUGGACCCACGCCGACGAAUGGAGGCUUCAGAACAGAUACACUUCCUCCGGCCUCGCCCAGGAAGUUCGCUCCAUUCGCGGUGCCCAUUCGCACAUGCGGCAGCUAUGGAAGACUUCCUGCUGGGAGAUGCGCUGCUCCCCGUUGGCCAUUGUCUCGCCUCGCUACGGCAUGUCCUUUCAAAGCGUAACGCGGGGUAGGCGUACGCCGACCCAGACAACGGCUCCUGCUGAAAAGCUGUGGUCGAAGCACUUUUGCCUGGAUCUCAACGACCUCGUGUCGCAUCCGGUGUGGGAGGGCGAGUCGUCUAUGCUGGCGACCGCCCUCCAAGCUACCGUGAUCCAUCGCACCGACGACAGGCGCCCGUGGAUCAUUCGCUGCCUCCCCACAUGUUCUGCCAUGGAGCAGUUUAUGGCAAGAGCAUCGCAGAGCCCGUUUGAGCUCCCUGUUCGCGCCGCCAUGGCGGAGGCGAUUCUUGCCUGUCAGCAGCAGAAUCGGAAAGUGAGCCCGUUUUUCCGUCUCUUGCGCCACAUUGCCGACUCGACCGGCGCCCAAGUCGAGAGGAUGGCCGAGGAUGAGGACAGGAGUGAGGAUGGGGUCAAUUGCGAGAACGAAGACGACGAGAACGAGGGCGAGCCUCGGCCCACCGUUGCAUACUGGAUUCGCACAGAGGACCUCAGGAGCCUCAUCAAAGCUAUCGACACCCUCAUCGUCAAGGGCGGCCACCCUUACUUUCCAAGUGUCGGACUCACUGCGACCACGGUCCACGCCGCUCGCGAAGGGCGAUCCAUGCCCUAUGGCGACGAGGAGCUCAAGAAGUUUUACAAGAGAGCAUGGUUCCACGAGAUGCGACAGGCCAAGAGGGAGCAACGAUCGGGCCAGAGUGCCAUGUCAUUUUCUGCAGCACCUACUUCGGCCUCAGCCUCUCUUUCUGCGCCGGUCGUGGCCCCUGAGCCACCUGCAGCCUCUGGCGUCAACAGGAUUGACGUCUCCAGCACGAGCGACUCCGACACUUUUGAGUCACCGACUCUCACAGGCGUCCAGCCACAGGCUCAUUCUGAACCCGAAAACCUAGCUUAUGACGACGACUGGAGCACUGCGGAUGAUGAGGACUUGAAUGGCGAUGACAACGGCAUGUUCGUGGACCAAGACGCCGACCACCCCAACCUCGAUGAGUUCAGCUUGGAGGUUGAGCGCAGCCUGAGAGACAGCAACGACGCCGAGUCUCAGGAACCAAGCUCGCCUGACAGCCCCUCGUCGGCGGAGCUGCAGACGCAGCAUGGGGAUGGCGACGAUCUUGCCACGACGGAGGCUGGGCCCGAGGCGCCCGUGGAUCCAGCCCGCCACCGGGAGAUCGUGGUGCAGUAUAUGACCUCCGCAAUGCCCUUGACCCCCGAAGAACUCCGCCUGCAGGCUAUCAUUUAG